AUGUUGAAGCUCAAAUUACGACCAUCUUCUUUAAAACUAACAGUUAAGAACACUUUAACAACAAAGCAAACAUCCCUAAUUACACCAACAUUAUGCAUUAGAUCGACCAGUACGAAAUCGACCCCCUUCGUGCGGAGAUCAGACAAAACCUCGACAGUUAAAAAGCUUAAAACAAAGGAGGAGCUGGCCAAAGAACAGUUUGAGGAACUUUUGAAGUCUCCCAACCGACUGAUCAGAUGGGGUGCGAUUGCUAGAUCUGAAGAAUUCUCAAAAGGUAUGACCAAGUAUUUGAUAUUGAUGUAUGUAGCCUUUUUGAUAUACGGGAUGUUUUUCAUGAAGAAACUGUAUCAUAAGGAGAAAGAAUUGGAGGCAUUAGAGAAGAAGCGGGACGAGGGUACUAUCAAUGAAUACGAGACUUUAAGAAUUAAGGAAUUGAAAGGAAAAUUACGCAGAAGAGAUGAGCUCAAGCUAGAAGAGUACCGGAAGAUGCAAGAGCAGGAUGGGAAAGAGAACUUUGAUGGAAUCUUUUUACCUAACAACGACCAGAAUAAACAGAAUAAGAGCAUCCUGGCCCCCACCGAUACAACGCCAUUCUAUGACAAGAAAGCCGAAGAGUACGAUUCAGAUAUUAAUUUUGAGGAGAAAAUGAUUAGAAUGGGGAAGAGAAGGAAAUGGUUGAUGAGACAUUGCCAUGGAGAUGUUCUUGAGGUUUCAUGUGGUACUGGUCGAAAUAUUCCAUAUCUUAACAUUGAUCGGGUCAAGUCGAUCACUUUCCUGGACUCUUCGGAACCGAUGAUGGAGAAAACCAACAAAAAAUUUCGACAAAAGUUCCCCUCCUACAAGAACGCAGCAUUUGUCGUUGGAAGAGCGGAGGACUUACCUAAACUAGUAUCUGACAGAAAAAGAGUAAAGUACGACACCAUCGUCGAAGCUUUCGGGAUUUGCUCUCACGAGGAUCCUGUCAGUGCGCUAAAGAAUUUUGGUAAUUUGCUAAAACCUGAUGGUAGAAUUGUUUUGUUGGAGCACGGUAGGAGUGAACAUCACCUGAUAAACAACAUCCUGGAUAAGCGUGCAGAGAAAAGAUUAGAAACUUGGGGUUGUAGGUGGAACUUAGACAUUGGAGAGAUACUCGAUGACUCAGAUCUAGAGAUAGUGGAGGAAAAAAGAACUCAUAUGGGCACCACUUGGUGUAUUGUAGCGAAGAGGAAAGGCGACGUCAAGAAAAAGGACGAAAUCGGCUUCUUUGAAAAGUACAUUGGCUCCAGCGUCAAGGGGAGAAUGCAAGCAUUUGAAAAGGAGGACGAGAAAAAUUAG